AUGUCAGCGACACCCGCCCCCACCGAGUUCAUCCUGCCCAACCUCUUCUCUGUCUGCCCCCUCACAUUCGGCCGCUCGAAUCCAUACUAUGACGAAGUCAUCCCCGAGGCUCGCGCUUGGAUCGCGAAGUACAACCCAUUCGUCGAUUCCAAGCGCGCCGAAUUCGUCCAGGGCUGCAACGAGCUCCUCUGCAGCCGUGUCUGGCCAUACGCCGGGCGCGAGGAGUUCCGCACCUGCUGCGACUUCGUCAACCUUCUCUUCGUCCUCGACGAGCUGAGCGACGACAUGGGUGGCGCCGAUGCUCGCUCGACCUGCGACUCGUUCAUUCGCGUCUUGAACGACCCCGACGCGCCGGACACGUCGCUCAUUGCGCAGAUGACUCGCGAAUUCCGCGCUCGCGUCGCCGAACGGGCUAAGCCCGGCUGCCUCAGACGCUUUAUUGCACUCUGCGGGACAUACGUUGAGGCAGUGUGCGUCGAAGCAGAACUUCGCGAGCAAGGGCGUGUUCUCGACCUUCGCUCAUUCAUCUUGCUCCGCCGCGAGAACAGCGCCGUCCGAUGCUGUCUCGCCCUCGCCGAGUACGCGCUGGGCCUUGAACUGCCCGACGCGGUAUUCAACGAUCCCGCUUUCCAAAGUGUUUACUUCUGUGCCGCGGACAUGGUCUGCUGGUCUAACGACGUGUACUCCUACAAUAUGGAGCAAGCCAAGGGCCACACCGGCAACAACGUUGUCACCGUCCUCAUGCAGGAACACGGCAUCGACCUGCAGGCCGCGGCAGAUCGCGUCGGCGAAGUGUUCGGACAGCUUAUGGAGCACUACACCAGUGGCAGUCGCUCGCUCCCGACGUGGGGGGGCAAGGUCGACGCUGACGCUGCCCGCUUCCUCGAGGCGGCUGGACAAUGGGUCGUAGGAAAUCUUGAAUGGAGUUUCGAGACGCCACGCUACUUUGGUCCGGACCACGACGAAGUUAGAGACACUCAUCGCGUGUUACUGAAGUAG